AUUAAUUUAGAAUAUUUUUCCAUGGUUACAAGAUUCAUAUUCUUUUCCUCCCCUCUCCACCCUCUCCUGUAGCUGAUGUGCAAUUCCACUAGGUUUUACAUGUGUCAUUGAUUAAGAACUAUUUAUGUAUUACUGGUAUUUGCACUACAGUGAUCAUUUAGAGUCUAUAUCCCCAAUCAUAUCCUCAUCAACCCAUGUGAUCAAGCAAUUGUUUUUCUUCUGUGAGAAACUAUAUCCUUUUUUCUCACAUUUAUAUGUUAUAACUUGUUCAACCAUUCUUUAAUUGGAUUGCCAUCAGCUCAUGUCUUUCCCAUCACAAAAAGAGCUAUAAUUUUGUACACCCAUAAUUUGUUUUGCUUAGAAUUAAUCCAUCCCUUAAUCUGUUCUCCUGCUAAAUCUUCUACUCCUUAUUUUUCCUAUUGAGAAUCAGGAAGAGAGUUUCAAGGAGAAAAAGGUGAGCAGUGGUGUCAUAGGCUGCAAGGAGGUCAAGAAGGAUGAGGACUGAGAAAACACCAUUGUGUUUGGCCUUUUCAUAGGCCAAUAUUUUUUACAUGGUACAUAGUAGUAGUUAUGAAGUUGCUUUUUAAAAUUGGGUCCAUACUGUGUAUUUAGCUUUUUUGGUUAGCUAUUCUUCAAUUGACUCACCUACCAAACAGGUACUAUUAUCCCUACUUUGCAGAUGGAGAAAUUGAGACAGGAUGAAAUCAUGUGAUAUGGUAAAGCUUACAUAUUAAGUUAGUGGCAGAAUCAGGACUGGAACCCUUGUCAGGACUCUUUUUACUGAAACUCAAAGUAUGUUAAACUACUAACAAUUUGGAGAGUGAGUUGAGCUGCAACUGAAGUGAACAUGUCUGGGGCUCUUCAGAAAUUGUGAUGACCCUAAUCCAUUUUGUGAACUAGUCCAACUAUCCUAGAGGACUACAUAAAAAAAGGGCUACAAAACUGUGCAUACCUUUAGACCCAGCAAUACUAGGUCUUAUCCCAAAGAGACUAAAGUAAAGGGAAAAGGAGCUAUUUGUACAAAAGUACUCAUAACAAUUCUUUUUGUGGUGGCAAAGAAUCAGAAAUUGAAGGGCUGCCCAUCAAUUUGGUAUUAAACAAGUUGUCACAUAUAGUUGUGAUGGAAUUCUAUUAUUCUGUAAGAAAUGACAAAAGAAAAACUUUGGAAGUCUUAUAUGAAUUGAUGCAAGGUGAAGUGAGCAGAACCAGGAAAUUAUUGUAGGGAUUGUUAGUUUUAUAAGGAUGAUCAAGUGUGAAAGAUUGAGUUACUCUAAUCAAGAUAGUGAUCAAAAACAAUUCUAAAACUACAUGAUAAAAAAUGCUAUCUACUUCCAAAGAGAGAGAGAACUAAUGAAUUCUGAAUGCAAGAUGAAGCAUAAUUUUAAAAUUUCUCUUUCUUUUGCAACAUAGAUAAUAUUGAAAUAUGUUUUGCAUGACUUCACAAAUAUAAUUGAUAUGUUGCCUUCUCAGGGUGGAAGAGAGGAGAGAAUUUGGAACUGAAAUUUAAAAAAAAUGAAUGUUAAAUAUUUUUUAUCCAUUAACUGUGAAAUAUUUAAUGAAAUAAAUAAAAAUAUGUUUGUUUUUUUUUAAAGUGGUAAUGCCAGCCAGAAAUUCAGAAAUCAGGAGAGUAAACCUUGGGAUAGAGUCAUCUUCAGUUAGGCAAGGCAAUUAGUGGGAAGAUAAAGUAGUCCAAAAAAUACAUUAAGUAUUUAAGUACCAUCUUUCAUCUGGACCAAUUCAAAGGCCUCCUAUUUGAACUAUUAAACCUCAGAUUUCUCUUCACAUUCUAAUCCAUCCUUUAUAAAGAUGCCAAAGUUGUUUUCCUUAAGAACAGUAAACAAUUGCCUAGUUAUGGCACCUUCAGGAAGAAAACACGUAGGAAAAACUGGGAAGCCAGCAAUGGAAGCUCAAGUGAGCCGAGCUUAUGACUUUGAUAAAGAAGAAAAGAAAGAUCUGAGUGGUUCUGAGGAAGAUGCUAGGGAAGGAGAAACUUCAGUAAUUGAAAAGCAUGGGAAAAAAAGACCUUCUACAGUUAUUAAUCAUGGAGCAGUUGAAGAAGAUAUGGGGGGUGAAGUACAGAAUAUGUUGGAAAGAUUUGGAGCUGAUAUUAACAAGGCUCUUCUUGCAAAGAGGAAAAGAUUGGAAAUGUAUACUAAGGCUUCUCUUAAAACUAGUAAUCAGAAAAUUGAGCAUGUUUGGAAAACACAACAAGAACAAAGGCAGAAACUCAACCAUGAAUAUUCUCAACAAUUCCUGACAUUAUUUCAGCAGUGGGAUGUGGAUGUUCAGAAAGCUGAGGAACAGGAAGAAAAACUAGCUAAUAUGUUUCGACAACAACAAAAGGUUUUUCAGCAAGCCAGAAUAGUUCAGAGUCAGAGACUGAAAACAAUUAAACAGUUGUAUGAACAAUUUCUAAAGAAUAUGGAAGACUUGGAGAAGAAUCAUGAAAGUCUUCUUACAGGUGCACAAAAUGAACUUAGAAAAGAAAUGGCAAUGCUACAAAAAAAAAUUAUGAUGGACACUCAGCAAGAAAUGGCAAGUGUUCGAAAAUCUCUUCAAUCCAUGUUAUUCUGAUGGCUCUUUGAAGAAAGAACUUGGACCUAAGUAAUAUGACACAAUUACAACCAUUAGCUAAAGGAAAUGCAAAUCUUUGCUGUGGCUUAAGAAAGCUAGUUUAAGGUUAUCUGUUGUUAUACAGCUUGUUUAUCAGUGCAAGAUCCUCUGUUUUAUAUUGACUGAAGCUUUCUAUAUGAAUAUUAAAUAGCAAAUUAAAAUGUAUUACCUUUCAAGUUCUUUGGUAUUGGUGAAUUUUUCCCUGAGUGUUAGCAAUUAAAAACUAAUGGCUUUUAGCAAUAAAGAUUUAGUUGAAUUUCA